AUGUCCAUGUCAAUGGGUGACAUGCCUGCGGGCUCAAUGUCCAUGGGCGAUGGCGUUCCCAGUCUGUUCACCCUACAAAAGAUGUACUGGGCUGUUGUGGGAAGUGCAAUCGGUGUAGCAACCCUUGUUAACGUGCUGGAUCGCGUUAUUGCUAGUCAUCGCUUGCGAGAUUCUUCACUCACGCCCGCCAAGCCAAAAUCACUGUUCUUCAAUAUCUAUGCCACAGUCACAGCAACAGUCCGCGAAGUUGGCUAUGCAACUCCACGACCGCUCCGACUGGGAGGAUUGACCCUCCAUUUCCCGCCACUUGGCCGCGUUCUCAUCAUGCUAGCCAACCUGGUGGUAGUCAUGGUCCUUUGUUUCUACAAGCUGGACACCCUAGAUCCAUGGAAAUGGGAGAACGUCGGCUAUCGCACUGGUUUCAUCGGCAUUUGCCAGCUGCCACUGAUAUUUCUACUGGCAGGCAGACAGAACAUUAUUGGGUUCUUGGCAGGAAUGAGCUACGUCAGCCUAAACUGGUACCAUCGCUGGGUCGCACGGACAUUGUGGUUGACUGCCACCAUCCAUAUGGGAUUCUGGUUCCGCAAUUGGGAUCGUUGGCAUUAUAUCACCCACCAGCUUUAUAACGAUCCGUUGACGAAGCGUGGAUUUGCUGCUUGGAUUAUCCUGACCUUUAUUGUGAUCACUUCCUUCGCUCCAAUUCGUCGACUCAGUUAUGAGUUCUUUGUCAUCCAGCAUCUAGUCACCUUUGUUGGCUUUAUUGUUGCGGUGUGGAUGCAUGCGCCUGAUGAAGUCAAGGUCUGGGUAUGGCUCCCAAUUGGGCUUGUGGUGUUCGAUAGACUUGCUCGUUACACCUGGGGCGCAUAUGCGAACUUGGCCAUUUUCCACCGAAAGAACAAAGCAAAUGCCCUCUGGGCACAUUCGGCUACGUUUACUCCGCUACCUGGAAAUGUAACCUGCAUUACUAUUGAAAAUCCCGGUAUCCGGUGGCGACCCGGUCAGCACGUCUUCCUCACCUGUCACUCCGUCGCUCCAUUGCAAUGCCACCCAUUUACUAUCGCAUCUAUCCCAGAAGAUAAGAAGAUGAAGUUCUUUAUUCGCGCUGAGAAUGGUGGAACAAGACGCUUUUUCCGGUACGCCUCGAAGAGCGAUAGUCUAUUGGGGGAUGAACAAGCGACAGGGAUAUCCGAUACGACUAUUUUUAUCGAAGGGCCAUACGGAAGCAUUCGGCCCUUGCGUCAGUUUGACAGUGCUGUACUGCUGGCAGGUGGCAUGGGCGCGACAUUCACGAUACCACUUUUGCGGGACGUGGUAUUAGCAUGGAAGAUGGAGAGCAAUGGCAGCAAGGAGCAGAUACCCAGUCGUGUCGCUCGCCUAACAGCCACAAAGCGGUUGCGUUUUGUCUGGGUAGUCAAAUCACGUUCUCAGUUGACCUACUUUGACUCCGAACUGCAUGCCCUGUUGGCAGACGUGAAUGACUGUCGACGCACAAAUUCAAAUUUUGAGAAGGAGAUUGAGGUUAGCAUUUAUAUCACAUGUGAUGAAAAGCUAGACCCGCCUAUCUCUACCUCGCUACCAUUGCAGAUACAGUCUCCCCCUAUACUGGAGGCCUCUACGCAAGGCAAGACCAAGAACAUCUCUGGGAAAGACAAUAUCUCGAUUCAUUCUGUCUCUGCCGACCCAGCAUCAACCCCAGGCGCCGUCGUCACAGGUAGGGGGUGUCUCCCUGGUGGAGACUGGUGUUGCACUACUCAGAUCGAAGAAGAAGAGAUCAAUACUGCCUGUGCAUGUACCUGUUCCGGCUCAGCACCUGUUCAGUCUGAGAAGGCUGCUCUGGAUAUGAAACCCCUUCAAUCUGAAGAUCUACCAAACAAAACAAUCAUAUAUCCUAAUAUCAUCUCUGGUCGUCCCAAGCCACGGACUAUCAUCCGCAAGGUCCUGGAGAAAGCUGAAGGAGAAAGUGCCGUGGUCGUGUGUGGACCUCGUGGCUUAGCAGACGAUGUCCGCCGGAGCGUGGUUUCUCUGAGCGAUGAACGAGCUGUGCACAAGGGAACAGGUGCGCAGGGGAUCUACUUGCAUGUUGAGAACUUCGGUUUGUGA